AUGUAUCAGCUUGCUCACCUAUACGGGAGUCAGAUACUGAUACGUGUCGUUUUGACAUAUCCAACAAUGGCUUGUCUUGAACAUUCCCAUGACUUUCUUCUAAAACUAACAUCAGACGCUUCAGACAAGACCUGGGAAGUGAAGAUGGACGGUCGGAGACUCACCCGAGGCUGGCAAAAUUUCGCCAACGGUCACGGUGUCCGAGUCGGGGACAUAGUUAUUUUCAGACGUGAUGGAGACUUGUUGUUCCACGUCACGUCUUUUGGACCUAGUUGCUGUCAGAUUCUAUAUGAUGACGAUGUCAUACAAGUAUCCUCUGAUUCAGAUUCGGAGAAGUAUCAUCAAGACACAAGAGAAGAAGGAUCUCCAUCAGAUAACGCCUGUUUUGUAGCUCGUGUCACCGCGUCGAAUCUAAGUAGAGAUAUGCUGUUCUUUCCAAGAGACUUUUCAAGGUCUAAUGGUUUGAUGGAUCGUGAGUGCGAGAUCAUUUUACUGAAUGAGUAUGGGAAACCAUGGAAACUGUUCCUGAGAAACCACAAAACACAUGGUGGCGGCGUUUACAUCAGAACCGGCUGGCGAAGAUUCUGCCGCCAAAAUAGGAAAAGAGUUAAUAGUUUAUUGACUUUCAAACUUGUUCAAGCAGGUACAAAACCUGUUCUCCAGUUGUGUUCAUCCAUGUACAACCGAGACUCUCUCCGAGGCUCUUCUUCUUCUUCUUCAUCUUCAAGAAGCCAAGAAAGAUUCUUGACAUUAACUCUCACAACAUACAGUCUCAGGAAGUCUAAAUUGUGUCUACCGGGGAAAUUUGUGUGGUUGAAUGGUAUCGAGAACGCAAGGAAGAUAACUCUUGUGGACAGAUAUGGUGUUAAAAGGACAACGAGUCUUAGACCUGAUAACAAAUAUGGAGCAAUGAGAAUGGGGAAAGGGUGGAGAGAGUUCUGUAAAGCUAAUGGAGUGAAGGCUGGUGAGUCCUUUACGCUGGAACUCAUCAAGGAAGAAGAAAUUAACACAUCUACUCAUCUACUUAAGUUCUGCACCGAAGUCUGA